GUGCUGCCGGCCGCUCAGUGCCGCCGGGCGGACGAGCCGCUCUGCUGGGAGUUGUAGUCUGCGCGCCCUUUGGCGGCGUACCUGGCCUCUGCCAGCCGACUGGCUUCCAUUCCUGUAAAGAAGCAAGUGCCUCCGUGUUUAAUUCCCAAUGCAGUUUUGAUUCAGAUUUAUUGUUUGAAUUGCUGAAGAUGUCAUCAGGCCUUACAGAGGAACAAAAGAGAAGAAUUGAAGAGAACCGCCAGAAGGCUUUGGCUAGGAGAGCAGAGAGACUAGCAGCCCAGAGAGGUGGGCAAGUGGAGAGCGCUGGCCUUCAGGUGAAAGAACAGAGUCCAGGCCAUCGGGGAGACUUGAAGGAAGAAAACAAUCAUGUCAGGUUCAUUAGCCAGCAGCAGCGGAAUCCAAACAGUCCUGUGGAGCAGAAGAGCUAUCUUCAGAAAGAUUAUAAUCAUUACACUGCAAACCAACAGAUGGUUGGUUCACAUGGAGAGCAACAAAAGAAUUGUUCAGAGGACUCUGGACAAGCAAGUGGCAUUAAGCCGUUCCCUAGAACGAUCCCAAAUUCUCUGAGUUAUUCCCAUAAACAUUACUUGGAUGCUGCUGGUCAGAAACACGGACAACAAGCUUUAAUUAAUCUUGGUACAUUCCAGCAGCCCAAAUGCUACCCAGCUUUCAAAAACCCUACAGAACCAUCUCAUCCUACAUUAAUUGAUAAUGGGCGCCCUGAUGGUAGUAAAGGUUUACAAAGUCAGAACAAAUCUGCCAUAAAAUAUGUUUCACCACUGAGCAGUGCCACCCCGAGUGAUUCAGAAAUGCUGAUAAACAUAAGCAGACCAACAGAAAGAGAAGGGGGAGGUGGUGCCUCUCAGGCCAGUGGUAGGAUGCAGAAGCUGACCAGCUCUGCUGGUGCAGGCUCUGCCUUUGAAGCUGCUUCUUGCAAGAAAGCAAAUAGUGUUACAAAAGGAAAAUGCGUGAAAUAUGGGGAAGACCGAUUCCAGGUCGAAACAGGGUAUAAUGCUGAACUCAUUGCUGUGUUUAAGAAGAUACCAAGCAAAAGCUAUGAUCCCGCUAUUAAAAAAUGGAAUUUCAGUCUGGACGAUUACAGCAGUUUCAUGGAAGCAGCAAGUCAACUUCCAUCAGUAAUUCUGGCACCACUGGAAGGAGAAAAUGCAGUUGGCUUGGCAUCAGGCUCUCAUUUCGUUGGCAGUAGGGUUGAUGUGAAAUCCCUCUUGAUGAUGUGUAAGAACUGGAAGAAACCUUCAGCCCUUGUCAAAGGGAAGUGCGUGCUGAUCUCUCGCUUGCGGUUUGAGGUUGAUAUUGGGUAUUCUGCGGAAGUGAUUGGAGUGUUCAAACAGAUGGAUUCCAGAAAUUAUGAUAUGAACACCAGAAAGUGGAAUUUCCUGCUGGAGGACUAUCCCAAACUAAUGGAAGUGUUACAGAGCCUUGUGUCAGUAGAAGUGGAGCCACUGCCUGAGGCAGUAAUACAAACCUUUGCUGCUCAAAUACAGAGAUCUACAUCACAGACAGACGUUCCUGAUGCUGACCUUUCAGUAGUGGACUCCAAAAUUGUGACGAGCCUCAUGCCCUUUCAGCGGGAAGGUGUGAAUUUCGCAAUUUUAAGAAAUGGACGUUUACUUCUUGCGGAUGACAUGGGCUUGGGCAAGACCAUCCAGGCGAUCUGCAUUGCUGCAUAUUACCGAAAGGAAUGGCCCUUGCUGGUGGUGACUCCUUCUUCCGUGAGGUUUACAUGGGCAGAGGCGUUUCACAGGUGGCUUCCAUCCUUGAGUCCAGGUAGCACCAAUGUCAUAGUGACUGGCAAAGACAACCUAACAGCAAGCUUGAUCAACAUCAUCAGCUUUGACCUCCUCAGCAAGAUGGACAAGCAACUUAAGAGCACUUUCAAAGUAGUUAUUAUUGAUGAAUCUCACUUCCUGAAGAACGUAAAAACUGCACGAUGCCGAGCUGCCAUGCCUCUGCUCAAGGCUGCCAGGAGAGUGAUCUUGCUUUCGGGAACCCCUGCCAUGUCGCGGCCUGCGGAGCUCUACACGCAGAUCAUGGCUGUCCAGCCAGCCUUCUUCUCACAGUUCCACUCCUUUGGGCUACGCUACUGCGAUGCCAGGAAGAUGCCGUGGGGUUGGGACUACUCUGGAUCAUCCAACUUAACUGAACUGAAAAUUUUGCUGGAAGAGUCCAUCAUGAUCCGACGUCUGAAAUCGGAUGUGCUUUCCCAGCUUCCAGCAAAGCAACGCAAAAUGGUUGUGGUGGCUCCUGAAGGCAUUAGUGCAAAGACCAAAGCUGUCUUGGCAGCUGAAGCAAAGAAGAUGGCCAAAGGAUAUGAAAGUAAACAACAGGAGAAGGAAGCUCUUCUCCUCUUCUACAACAGAACGGCAGAAGCUAAAAUCCACUCAGUUGUAGAAUACAUCCUGGAGUUACUGGAAAGUGGGAAUGAUAAAUUCCUGGUGUUUGCUCAUCACAAGAUAAUGCUGGAUGCAAUAGUUACAGAGCUGGAGAAGAAACAUGUUGAAUACAUUCGCAUUGAUGGCUCCACACCUUCAGCCGAGCGGCAGUUUCUGUGCCAGAAGUUCCAGUUCUCAGAGAAGCAGGUUGUGGCCGUCCUGUCCCUUACUGCCGCAAACAUGGGCUUGACGUUGUCUGCUGCGGACCUGGUGGUGUUUGCAGAGCUCUUCUGGAACCCCGGGGUUUUGAUCCAAGCAGAAGAUCGGGCACAUCGAAUUGGACAGACCAGCUCUGUUAAUAUUCACUACCUGGUGGCUAAAGGCACAGCAGAUGACUAUUUAUGGCCAAUGAUUCAAGAGAAAAUCAAAGUGCUGGGGGAAGCUGGUCUUUCAGAAACCAAUUUCUCUAAAACAGCUGAAUCCACUAAUUACUGCCCUAAGCCAGAUCCAAAGCAGAAGACCAUCUACGACCUUUUCCAGAGGACCUUCUCUGAGAGCAGAGGUGACACUGAUGAACUUUUGCUUUUGGAGGCAGCUGAUGCUUGCUGCGAGUUUGACUCUGGCAGUGCCUUGCAAGAUACAGAAGGAGAGACAUGUUCAUGCAUUUCAUCUCAAAGGAUGAGAAGGCAGUCUGACAGUGUGACAGGAGCAGCGCACACCUGGCAGUCUGCAGGUUUUGCAGUCCUGGUUUUGCUGAUGACUGAAUGGCCAUGGGCAAGUAGCAUGCUGCUUUGUUUCAGCAUGUCAGCCUCCACAGUUGUUUUGUUUAAAAAGCAGAUAAUGGUUGUCUGUCCACAAGGUAGAACUGUUGUGAAAACUAACUUCUCAGCAGCUGCAGAGUGCUUUUAACAAUCAGUUUUCCAAGAAUUUUAGUCUGGAUUUAUAGGAGUUGGUUCACUGGCAAAAUUUGGCCCUUGGCUCAUUCACAAACUGGUUCUCUGGUAGUCAUUUUGGCAGGGAGGAGAAAAGAUCCAGACAGAUCUUGAGGUUUUGUGAGGUGGGGGAGAAGAGAAAGAGCCCCAGAUUUUUGUCUGUGCAGAGCAGUCAGUACCUUGAAACUGAGUAUAACUGUCUGCCAGGACGUGUGUAUUGCCUGUUAGGCACAUGUCUGCCUGAACACACUGAUCUCUGGCCUAAUCUACUAAAUCUUAGGACCUGCUCCAGGGCAUGUGCUUCUUGUGUCAGUGGAGAGUGAAGCUUGUGCUGACUGCCAGGGAUUAAGCCUGGCUGCUCAGGAAGGGGGUGCGUGUGUUUUGUUCAAGGCUCGAGACUGAUUUCCACAGUUGAGUGAGGAGAAGGGGACACGUGGACUUUUGCCCUUGUUUUGUAAGAAACCGACUCUGGACUGAGCUGUUUAAAUAAAAAGUCAUUUUAAGUCGUGGUUCCCAAA